CUUUGGGGCACCUAUUGAUAAGAUUUCAGUUGACUGUUUAAUCUUAGAACCUAUCACUACACACAAUGAGAAUUUAUUCCUGUCAUUUCUGUUCCUCCCCGGUCUACCCGGGUCACGGCCAAUUGUUCGUCCGUAAUGAUGCCAAGGAGUUCCGUUUCUGCCGUUCCAAGUGCCACAACGCCUUCAAGCAACGUCGUAACCCAAGAAAGUUGAAGUGGACUAAGGCUUUCAGAAAGGCUGCCGGUAAGGAAUUGGCCAUUGACUCCACCUUAACCUUCGCUGCCAGAAGAAACGUCCCAGUCAGAUACAACCGAGACUUAGUCGCUACCACCUUGACGGCCAUGGCCAGAGUUGAGGAGAUCAGACAGAAGAGAGAGAGGGCGUUCUACAAGAACAGAAUGAGAGGCAACAAGAGUAGACAGUUGGCGUUGGACAAGAAGUUGAUCGCUGACAACCCAGCUUUGUUGAAGAUGAGAGAAGUUGAGUUGAGAAGAAAGGCCGAGAAGCUUGCUGCCAAGGAGGCCGCCAUGGAGAUCGACGAGGACGAAGAAAUGGAUGUCAGCGAAUCCGAAGAAGAAGUCGAAGAAGUCAAGCAAAAGAUCUUGUUGAAGAACAAAAAGAGAACUGCCAAACGUUCCUAAAUCGCAUACGAAUCCCCGCCCCCGCGCCUUUCGUUAACAGAGAGCAUGCGUCUGUAAGGCCUCUAUCUCUGACUCUGUACCAUUAUCGCACUAUGAUCUUCAGGCUCCCACUGUACCUCAUAGUAUUUGUCUAGUUCCUUUUUACCAUUAUUCUUUUUGUUUCAUUUUUGAUUCACGCAUCUCGGGUUUUUUUAUUGUUUAUAUUAAAAUAAAG